UGUGCAAUGUGCAUCAUUAGAAAUCCAUAAAUAUAAUAUUUUGAAAUGGAAACGAAGUUGAAGUCGGAUUUUGGUUACCUACUCACUUUAUUUAACAGAUUACAGAACCAUUUUGAUGUGUUGUUACUUGUUUGCUGUUUUAAUUUUUAAUCUGUGACUUUGUUUGGAAUUGAAAUAAAGAGGAUUUUAAAUUACAGGAAAGAUAAUAAUAAGUAAUAACAUAAUAUUUAAGGAUAGAAAUAUAUGAAAAGUAAAAUGGAAUCUAAUUAUGAUAACUAUUGUCGAAUUUGUUUAGAUAUAGAAUCUAAACAUAUUUCCAUUUUCCGAGAUUCAACGAUUCAAAUGCACAUAAAAUCAUGCCUCGCUGUUAAUAUUCAUGAAAACGACAAUCUUCCAAAUAGUAUUUGUGAAGCCUGUGUUUGUCAAUUAAGUAAUUUUUACCAUUUUCAAUUAAAUGCACGAUGCUCCCAAGAUUGGUUGGAGACUUCGAUACAAGAGAAGCGAAAAUAUUCAGAACAAAAAACAUACAUUCAUCCAUUACCCGACUCUGAAUAUAAUUCAGAUUCUCUUCUAGAAUUUUUAAACAAUACCGCGAAUAUUGAAGAUUAUUUGAAUAACUUGGGUAAAGAAGACAUACCAACUAUUGUUAAUAUCUUAGAUAGAACAGAAGGUUACAAACCUAAAAUACCUCCAAGUCAAAAGAAAAAAACAAUUAAAAUGGACAUAGACAUAUUAGACUCAGAUAAAGAAAUAGUAAAGGAGUUGUUAAUGAAAGAAUCAAAACCAAAAAAUAUUGAUCUCCAUUCAUGCUUUGCCUGUAAGGAAACAUCAGAUAGCAUUCAAACGCUGUCUAGACAUUUAAGUGUUUGUGAAAGUGCAAGUCGAACUUGUGUUCUCUGUAAACAGCUAUUUGAUUCCAAACAAAAAAUGUUACUACAUCUUCUAACACACAAUAUAACUGAGCCCUUAACAUGCACAUGUGGAAAACGGUUUGAAAAUAAAGAAAAGCUUAAUUAUCAUACAAAAAACUGUAAUGUGGAUCAUAUUGCAUCAAUGGGCUUUAUGUACAGAUGUAAGCAAUGUAAGGAAACAUUUACAGAGAGGUUUCAAUUAUUUAAACAUGCUAAAAAGCAUAUUUUACGAGGGGAGCAGCAGAUGUGUGACAUAUGUGGGCAUAUAUUUACAGGAACUGAGGCAUUAGAAAAACAUAGGAAGCAGGAACAUAAUAAAUUGAACAAUUGUAAAUAUAGGUGUAAACAGUGCAGUUUCUCAUCAGUCAAUCGCAAGGAAAUGUAUCAUCAUGUCCAAAAACACACUAUUGGAAAGAAUUUAAAGCAUUUAUGUGAAUCAUGUGGAAAAUGUUUCUCUUCGAAAUUAACCCUCCAAAGACAUACCUUGCAACAUAACACUACAAUCUUAAGUGAAAUAAAAGAAAAAUGUGAAUCUAUGGUUAUAUGUGAAAAGUGUGGGGAGACAAUAAAAACAGACAUAAAUAAGCACAAAUGCAUGUGAAUGGUUAUAUAUAUAGUCAUAUUAUAAAUAAAUAAAUAUUCCUUUUCUUCAUUUCAUCUUGGGAUUGAGAUGGAUAAGUGAAUAAUCCACACAAUUUCAAUACAGAUUUUUAUAGACAUAUUAAUGUGCAUCCACAUCUAGCGAAUGUUUGCGAGCUGCACUCUUUUAAAAAAAAAAAUCAAUAUUGUGUUUAGAAAUGAUGAAAGUAAAUAUAAAUACUAAAUACAUAUACUAAAAACGGUCACACUGCCUCCUGUAAGCAGAAACGAAAGUGGAAGGAAGAUGCGAGCCGCUUGCAGAAGAAUGCACUAUGCUUUAUAUCUGAGCAGAAGUCACAGACCUAUUUUGUUGAUAUUAUUUUCAUCAAACACAUGCUGUAUUAAAAUAUUUUAAUAAA